AUGACCCCCACCUUCAUGGCCCUGCUCUGUCUCGGGCUGAGUGUAGACCCCAGAAUGCAAGCACAGGCAGGGAUCCUCCCCAAACCCACCAUCUGGGCUGAGCCAAGCUCUGUGAUGCCCUGGGGGACACCUGUAACCAUCUGGUGUCAGGGGAGCCUGGAGGCCCAGGAGUACCACCUGCAUAAAGAGGGGGACUCAUGGACCUGGGACACACAGAAGCCACUGGAGCCCGGGGACAAGGCCAACUUCUACAUCACAUACAUGACAGAUGCAUAUGCAGGGAGAUAUUGCUGUGACUAUGAACGCCCAAAUGACUGGUCAGAAUACAGUGACCCCCUGGAGCUGGUGGUGACAGGAUCCCAUGGCCAACACAGCCUCUCAGCCCUGCCCAGCCCUGUUGUGACCUCAGGAGGGAACGUGACCCUCCAGUGUGCCUCACGGAUGGGAUUCCACAG